UUUUUUUGUGCCGAUCGGGAGAGGUUGAUUUUGGGGAGGGUCGGGAGAGAGGAUGCAAUGAGGCUCCCCCGGACUGGGUGAUUUUUGUGGCUUGCCUCCUCCUCCCCCAGCCUCCCCCCGGCCUCGGCUGGCUCACUCUCCAGUUGCUGCAUGCGGGGCUGUGCCGUGUGCCCGCUCCCGGAGCCGCCGUGGCGCACCUCCAUCGGCCGACAGCCUUGAAGGGAACGCAUUUUUUAGAGUAUUCAUCCCAUUUUUAAGAGAUAUAUAUAUAUUAUUUUUAUCCUUACCUGUCACCUUCGUCUUAGGAAAAAAAAAAAUAAUAAUAAUAUCUAUCUACAAAAUAACAACAUAACCCUCCCCCAGCGGGCAGCCCGAGGCGCCCGGCACGGGGCAGUGCGGGUGUGAGCGCGGGGGGCGCCCCGCCGCCCCACCGCCCCCCGCCGCAGCGCAGCGCGAUGCGCUCCGGGCUCCGCGCUGCGCAAUAGCGCGGCCGCCGCUCGCAGAUCGCGGGCUGGGGGCGGCCGGAGCCGAUCGCUACCGAUUCCCCGUUGAUGUCCAUGAAUGCAAACACCAUGAUUUUCAUGAUCCUGGGCGCCUCUAUCGUUAUGAGUUGACCAGAUGCCUUGGUUAUGGGCUCUUACAGGCAAUAGCUUGCUUGAUGGACAUGAAUGCGUUGCUGGACAGAUUUCACAAUUACAUCCUACCGCAUCUGAGAGGGGAAGACCGAGUUUGUCACUGCAACUGUGGCAGGCACCACGUCCAUUACGUCAUUCCGUAUGACGGGGAUCAGUCUGUGGUGGAUUCCUCAGAGAACUACUUUGUGACUGACAAUGUAACCAAGCAAGAGAUUGAUCUGAUGCUGGGACUGUUGCUGGGUUUUUGUAUCAGCUGGUUUCUGGUGUGGAUGGAUGGGGUUCUCCACUACGCUGUGCGAGCCUGGAGAACCAGCCGGCGGUACGACAAUUCCUGGUCUUGGAUUCCAAAGUUUUGUAACUUAAAGGAGUUCAGAAAACGUCACCACAGGCAGUACGAGGAGGCGACUGGGAACAUGGUGCACAUCAAACAGAAGCUGUACCAUAACGGGCAUCCCAGCCCGCGGCACCUCUGAGGAACGCCUUCCCCUCCAGAGACUGCAGUGAGGUUUUAAAGAGGACUUUGCUCUUCUUCCGGGGGAACAGCUCCUACUUUUACAUCUCUCUGGAAGCCAGCGAGGACAUCAUUUUACUUCUCCAUCCCGUGUGUCCCCUGUGGCACACCAUGAUGCACAACUAAGCCAGUCCUGGAUGCUACGCAGCCAAGACAUUGCACUGUGUUCCACGUUUUAUUGUCAGACUUGUGUACAUAUGUAAAAAAAACCAAACACCAAACAAACCAAAA